AUGGACAAACAUAGUAGAAGGAAAAACUACACAAAAAAUUGGCUGAAAAUCCAGAAGGAAGUUCUUCUGGAACUUAAUGAAGAAACGGACGCUAACGAUGUCCUGAAAAUCUGCGAAGAGCAAGAUAACUUUUGCGCCAAAGAAAUUGAGAGAUUUGAUGAAGAUGAUAGCAGCGGAUGUUUAAACGAAGUAGAGAGCGAAGAUAAACCAAAGAAUAAUGAUGAAAACGAGCCGCAGAUGCACCAGAUGUCGUACAAAGUAGAAGACAUUUAUGAUGAAACCGAUUUUCGAUUGAAGUCCUAUGUUGAAUUUGUCCUGAAAACGAAAAUGUCAAUGAUGAAUUGCGAGAGGCUAGAUAGAUUGAUGGAAAUUCUAACAGGAUCGCCUCCAAUAUUCACGUUGGAAUUUGACGAGGACGACGUGAGAUGUUGGCCGUGUUAUUUUGCCUCAAUGGAAUGCAAAGAAGAAUAUGAGAGCCAAAAGCUGUAUUUGCCGAUUACAUUAUUCAGUGACGGUGUAAAAUUGAAAAGAUGCUCGAGAAAAAUGGCCACUCCUCUGUACGCAAGAUUGGAGUCAGUAGGGAAAGAGGAGAGGAAGAAUGGGAAAAGUGUUAUGCUUCUUUCUUUGAAUUUUGCUGAAAAAGAUGAUCUAUCAAAUCAUAUUGCAUCGAAUGAGUUGACACAAUUGGUUUCUUACGCGCCAAAUUAUGAUUUAUAUCGUGGUUUUACCAAUUACGGACCAGCUCAAUUUCCAAUUUCUCCCGUCGUUCCUACAAAUGCGCCAGUGCCCACGAACGUCGGCGAUAAUUGCCUUCUAACUGAGCUUACCGAAUGUGUAAGCAACAAAAAACUUGAUUUACUGAAAGCAGGUCGAAUAAUUCAAUACGCUUCGCUUCGCGGCCACAUCAACAGUGACAUUAUAAAAAAAUUUGCGUCAGCGCAUUGCAAUGUCAAUGAGUUCAUCGUCACUACUCCGGUGGACUAUAAUAACCCGCAAAUUAUAGCAACAUUGCUCGCAUCAAACGUCGUCAAAGAUGCAAUUAUGUUGAAAAAAAACGAAGAACUUAUGAGAGAAGUUACGCUAACGAAGAAAAUAAAAUCCAACUCCACGCUCAGUGUGAAAGGAAGCCGAAAAAAUGUUAAAACCAUUCACAUGAUUCCUGCUUUUGGGCCUUUUAAGAAUUUUGCAAUAUCAUUGGAUGAUCAUCCAAUGCCGCCAUCGGAUUCUCCCCACUUAAUUCUCCAACACCAUUUGAAGCACAUCUUGAGAAAGAUUUGUUCGGUUCCGAGUUCAAUACAAAGGUAUUCAUUGGGAAGAACCACGAAAUCGACAAAGUUGCCUGAUGUUAUUUACGAACCACUGAAAAAAUAUUUUUUUGAAUUCAUUAAUCUAAACAACGAGGAGUUAGAAGGACCAAGUCCUACAUUGGAGGAGUUCAGUGAAUCUCCAUUUUUGAAAUCACUUGGAUUGAAUUCGAAUGAACGCGUUUCGAAAUUUCGUGCAUUGUCGUCGGCGCGAAUAUCAUUUGAUUCUGUCUUCGAUGGACAGUUAUCAAUUGCAUUAUCUGAGAUGCGCUACGGCUCAUUUGAUAAGGAUGGUAAUUUCUACCCCAGAUCGCGCAAAUCUACCGCUUCGGAGAUUGCAAGACCAACACCGCCGGAAACGCCGUCAAGUUAA